AUCCGGGCAGGAGUUUGUAAAUAGGAAGCCUUUCGUUCGAGAAAAUCCCUCCGUUCGGCAGACAGUAAUUGUUGGUGGUGUUUUCAGAUGUACAAACGUUUGUGAUGUUUCGCGUACUUCGGGCGGUGAACUAUCAGCGAAGUGUGCUGGCGGCGAUCCGGAUUCCAUUACAAUCCGGCGUACGUACGGUUCAGAGCACCAGCCAAGGCGGUCACAGGGAGCAGGAGGACAGGAGCGGUCGGUACGAUGGAUAUUCGAUUGGAUUGGCGGUAGCGCUGGUGGGACUGUUUGGACUAUCGCAAACACGAAACCGGGAGGGAACCCGGGCCAGCUGGUGCGAUUUGGUGCCGGCGGUGUUCGCCCGCACGAGUGCGAGCAACGCCGGGAGUAGGCGGAAGGAAUUUAACUUCAUCGCCGAUGCCGUGGAGCUGUCCGCACCGGCCGUUGUCUACAUUGAGAUACGCGACCGGCAGCAUGUGGACUUUUUCACCCGCGAACCGCUGACCGUCUCGAACGGGUCCGGGUUUAUCAUCGACUCGAACGGGCUGAUCCUCACGAACGCGCACGUCGUCAUCAGCAAGCCGCACACGAUGGUCACCGUGCGGCUGCCGGACGGACGUACCUUCCCCGGCACGGUCGAGCACGUCGAUCCGGCGUCCGAUCUGGCUACCGUGCACAUCCAGUGCAGCAACCUGCCCACGCUAAAGCUCGGCAACUCGAGCGAUCUGCGGCCGGGCGAGUGGGUGGUCGCGCUCGGCAGCCCGCUAGCGCUGAACAACACGGUCACGGCGGGUGUGGUCAGCUCGACGCACCGGGCCUCGCAGGAGCUGGGUCUGCGGGGCAAGGACAUCAACUACAUCCAAACCGAUGCCGCCAUCACGUUCGGCAACUCGGGCGGCCCGCUGGUCAACCUCGACGGGGAAGCGAUCGGCAUCAACAGCAUGAAGGUGACGCCCGGCAUCAGCUUCGCCAUACCGAUCGACCACGCGAAGGAGUUCCUGGGCAAAAUUAGGGAUCGCCCGUCCGGUCGGCGCGCUUCCAUCGAUGGGCCCCCGUUCCGGCGCUACCUCGGCAUCACGAUGCUUUCGCUCACGCCGGACAUCCUGCGCGAGCUGCAGCAGCGCAGCCACAACUUCCCCACCGAAGUGCGGGGCGGGGUGCUCGUGUGGAAAGUGAUCCAGGGGUCGCCGGCGCACGUUGGCGGCCUGCAGCCGGGAGAUAUUAUCACGCACAUCAACGGCAAGGAUGUGAAGACCAGCUCGGACGUGUACGACGUCCUGCAGGGAACCACGAAAUCGCUCACCAUCUCGAUCCACCGCGGACAGCAGCUGACCACCGUGAAAGUAGUCCCGGAAGACGCGUCGGAGUAGAGGGCAAUUGUUUGCUUGUGAUUUGGAUACCUUUUGCCCCCGUGUGUACGUGUGUAUGUGUGCGCGCGCGAUCGGAUCGUUUGUUAGCAAAUCCUUCGUGGUGCGUUUUGCGUAUAGAUUUUAUUUAAUUGCAUUAAAAACGAAUACUGCCUCUA